CAAGAUUCAACUCCAAGUACGAGUCAUGCUCGAAUUUUGAGAAAACGAAGAGUGCCACUACAAUCGUCGAAUCACGAUAGAGAUUCUAAGAUAGCGAAGUUGGACACUGUUAGUAGCAAUCAAAACACAAGAAACAGUGAAAAAGUUUCUAAGCAAAAAUCUGAAGAAACAGUCUCUAGGUCAUCUGCUUCACGAAGAACAUCUUGCAACGACAGAACAUCUAUGAUGAAGCCACACAUGAACUUCCGAGAGCACGUUUGCUGGGAUAUCUUCAAUAGGAAGACUCCAGAAACAUUCAGGUCGGCCCGUCCUGACACACCAUCCUCUCCUCAUUAUCCAACCUUUGAUCGAAGGUUUCACCCAAAGUACAACCCACUACCUCCACUUGCAUGGACAAAUUCUCAAGAAACAUGGUUUUGCAUGGUCUCAAGAGAAAUGGAACCCCCCUAUUUCAGAGACGAAAAUCUUUACAAACAGAAUCCAGACAUUCAGCCGAAAAUGAGAGCAAUAUUAAUUGAUUGGCUGAUUGAAGUCUGUGAUGUCUAUAAAUUACACAGGAAGACAUUGCAUAUGGCAAUUGAUUAUGUUGAUAGGUACCUGAGUCGAUCGAAUGGGAUCCAGAAGACGACCCUGCAGUUGAUCGGGAUAACAUCCUUGUUCAUUGCUUCUAAGAAUGAGGAAAUCUACCCACCGAAACUUCCAGAAUUCUGUUUCAUAACAGAUGGUGCUUGCACUAUUGAAGAGAUGCUGGCAUUCGAAUUACAUAUGCUUCGGGUGCUGGAUUGGAAGUUGGCUCCGGUCACAUGUGUCUGUUGGUUGGGGCUUUUUUUGCAGAAUCAUGCCUCAAAACCAGGGGAUGAGUUUCUCUUGGUGCGUUACGACCAGGAUGUCUUUGUCAGAGCCAGUCAGUUGUUGGAUCUCUGUCUCAUGAGUACUGAGUCGCUUCAAUUUCGGUACCAUAUGCUGGCUUCUGUUACCCUCAGUUUCUACAUUGAUAGCAUCAUUGCUGUCACACAGAUCACAGCCUUGUCGUGCGAAGAGAUGGAUGAUUGCCAUACAUGGAUGCUUCCGUUCUUCGAAGUGCUAGAGGCAGAAGGCAAUGCAUCUAUCACCUGUUCGUCCUUCAAUAACGUACCUAAAGAAUUCGCCCACAACAUCCAGACACGAAGUGUCAACCUUGCCUUAUUGGAAAAGGUUGAGGCAUAUAGAGAAGCCCCGAGACCGAGCCACAAAUUGAUGGGCAGUAGGCCGUCAAGAAGAUCUCAGGUGACCCCAAAUCAUUCCGCCAGUGCUGCCUCAUUCUCUGUAGAGCCCAGUAACGUCCAGGUACUGACCCCACCAAAAAGUUCAGAGUUGAAGCCAAAGACCAACCAGACGUCUGCAAUGGUCGACCAGAAUGCCCUGGCCGUCAAACACAUCAACUUGAAUUCAAAUUAAGCAAUUAUUUCCUGAUUGGCUAAUUAGCAGUUGAUAUGAAUUAUUUGAUAAUUUGGUGAUGCAUGAAAUUUGAUGGCAGUCUACAAUCUCGUAGUUGCAUCACAAAUGCAUUUGUUCAUAUCAUAUCAAUUUCUUUCGUAGGUAUUUUCUGAUGUAUGCUAAAUUAUGUAUUUUGAACAAUAUAAUAGUUUCAUUAGAUAAUUAUCUGAUUGAUUUGAGUUGUGUACAUUAAAUUCUAAUGUAUCAAUUACAUGCAAUGUUCGUGCAUGCUUAUGUUCAGAGUGUGCUUGCAGUUUUGAACGUUUGGCUUCUAGUGAGAUGUCAUUAUGGAAAAUUCAUGUUAAGCCUAAUUGAUUAAUUGAUUGAUUAACACUGUUAAUUUCAAUUUCAAACUUGAUAUAUCUAUGAAGUUACUUGAAUGCCAAUAGCAUGCUUCUACAACACUUUCUUGUAAAUAUUGUAUUAUGAUGAGAUCUUCUGAGGUUGUUUUUUUUCUCAUUUGUUUAACUUUCCUAUUUAAAAAAAAAUAACCCAUCUAUGAUGUUUUUUAUAAUAGAAAAAACUCCAUAUGAAAAGCUCAUUCAUUUCUUAUGUUCAUUUUGAAAAAUUAAAAAAUAUUCCUGUUCAAUGUUGACAUUGACGUAUUCGUAAGAGAGUUCGUUUGUUUGGCUUGACUUUUAUCAUUUCACAUUGUUUCUAUGGUUGUUCUCAUAUCUUCUUGACUUCGUGUCUUUAUAAAUAUUAAGAUAUCUAAAAUAAAA